GGCCACCAGAGGGCACCUGCGGGCGACGCCCUGGGCGGAACCCUGCGAAAAGAAAAAUCGUGAGAGGCGGGGCCAGGGGCUGGAGCGGCGGAAAAGCCCUUCGCUGCUCUCGGCAGUGCGUCUCGCCCUCUCUUCUCACUUCCGGUCCCACUUCCCUUCCAGACUGGCUUUCUCUGAGACCGCAAAGAGCUGCCCUCUGCUCCCCGCCCGGCACGCUGAAGCCCCCCCGCCCCUCAAGGAUGCAUUACCUAGUGCCGCGGUCACCGUCACCGUCACAGGCACCCUCAACCCCACCCCCAGCCCGUCCCCGGUCCCUCUCUCUCCCUCACCCGCACCUGUUCGCAAGCUCCCGGGGAUCCCAGGUGCGGGCAACCGGGAAAUUCCACGCCCCGCGGAGACCCGCCAGCUCUGGGGAGGGGAAAGGGGGACGCGCAAUCCAGUGACGCUCCCGGGCAAAUAUCCCAGAUUGUGCCUUUUUAGCCAAGAAGUAUGGAGGUGAUUCAUGGCAGGCCCUACUGUUGCAGGGAGUUAGAAAGAGCUGACAUUCUCUCAGACACUUUGUUCUCUAAUGAACUACACACUCCGCUACUAUCAACCACUCGCCCAACUGCCUCAGAAGACAGGUAUCAGGAAUUAAGGGAGUCACUCCACCAAUGUAAGCUUCCAUGGGGUGCUGAAAGGGAAUAUGGUGGGAUUAUACCGAUUUCGCUGCCUGAUGAACACAGGCCGAAAUAUGAGCCUCCUUGUGUCAUGGGCAAAGGACAUCAGCAUUAUGGAUUUGGUGGAGAAACCUGGCCAAGAAAACUUCCUAUUGAACAAUACUAUUAUUUGACACGGAACCAAAAAAGUGACGUCUAUGGAAAUGAUUCCUUGUUGCCCAAACCAUCUAAUUCAACAAUAAGCGAAAUCUGCUUACCAUAUCCAAUUGAUCACCCUUACCAUACACACAUCUCUCGUGGAGCCAUGUUCCCGACCUUUACGUCACCUAAGGAGCUCUACAAUGGUAUUAAAGCCUGCACUCACCAGCCAUUUGCUCCCACGGUGCCAACCAAGACCUAUGAUUCAACGAUUUUGAAGACAAGAGGUAAUCCUUACAGAUAUGAACUGCUUGAUUUUCCCACAGAUUCAAAGAAGAAAUCAUUGACGUGGCCAGGUCAGGAUGUGUAUUAUGAUAUUCCUAAAUGUGCAGAGAAAAAUAAGCCAACAUUCUACCCAAAACCACCUAAAACUUUCGCUCCCAACACUUCUUUAAAUACAUGGGAUGUUCUUAAGUCCAUAAAAGAAGCCAACAUACGAAGAAAUCUUGAAAGGUCCCAUUGGAUCUCUUCAUACAAUCAUGAUUUUACAGGUCUGGGACCCAUGAACCCCCUUGAACUGGAUGAUUACCACGAAAAGGAGGUAGCAGAAUUAACUGGACAGAAAGGAUUUGACCCACAGCCUCAAGAAAAAUUCCACUCUAUUUUAAAACCCUCCAGACCCUUGGAAGGGCGAAUCGCCCGACUUACUCAGAAUCGACAUCCUCUGGAGGCUAUUAUCCAGCAAAGUCCAAGUUCCUGUCCAGAUUGUACCCCUAAUGUUUUGUGUACUUUUCAUACCUUUAUACCCAGUUCUGUAGAAAUGAUGGCACUGAGUGAUAAUAUACCAGCUGGCGUGACCCAUAAAAACCAGAAUAUUGAAGAGAAGAUCAAGGAAGAACAAAGCUUACUAUCUAACUACUCACUCAAACCUCCUUACUCAACAAAGGAUCUGACUAGCAUUUAUGACAUAAAACCAUUUCCAAAAAUCACAGAUACUAAAAAGACAGAAGAUUUGUACUGGAGACAGCUGUCAUCAAAACCCCGACCUAUAUCUUACUGUAAAUCAAGCGAAUACAUUCCCUAUGAAUGCUCUAAAUCUAACCUACACAAUCCAUAUAAUAUAUGUAGAAACCGGGUUAGCUUUGCUAAACCUAGUCUUUUACAAACCAAACCAGACAUGGAAAUAAUCAAUUUAGAACGUAAAUAUUUAGGUAAGCCAGAAGAACAGCUGGGCUUGAACAUGGAACAAAACGAAGAAAUAAGAUCUAUUCUGGGUUGGAUUCCUAAAGCUGGAGUGGCCAAGCCUCAGACCAACCUUCUGGAUCUUAAGAACUCUUUCUCAAAAACUGGUGCACAAAAACGUUUCUAUAAAUCAAUUCUAGACGACCAUAAAGACCUUAGGGAUAAGGUGAAUUCAGGGAUGAAACACCAGUUCUAUGGCCAUAAUUCCUAUGAUUUCUAUAAUUGAGGUAUUCCUUCUUCCCUUCAAAACCCAGCCUCUUGCAAGAAAAAAAAAUAUUACAGAAAUUCCUUCAUUUUGCUGGCAUAUGUUUCUAGAGUAAGCCAUAAUGACCUCAUUAAGGAGGUUUAUGUUUUCAGGAAUUUAAGUUAGGACCUAGUCAGAGGAACCAAGAAAAGGUGAUGUUUGAUAUCUUGAAAAGUUUGAGUAAUUUGGCAAUAAAACAUUACUACCAGAAAAAUGUAUACUCCAGCCUCAUCUUCAAAUUAUACUCUAAAGAAGUUUUCCAAAAUUUCAUGAAAAGCAAUGUGUACAACAAAGUUUACAUUAUCGUUUUACAGAAAGUACAAAUUUGAAAAAACUCAAAUUCUCAAGAAUUGAGACAUGAUUAUACAAUCUGAUGUACCUUAAUAAAAUAAAUGUGAAUCCUGUCCUUUUAUGUAAAUAUUUGCACAAAAUACUUUUUCCAGUUCCACCAGAGGAACUGGUAUCUACGGCAGUUGUAGCUUUAUAAAAUGUAUUUCCUAAGUCUUAAAAGUUGAAAUUACUCCUUGAUCAAUGGACUGCAGAAUGGAUGUUAUGUAAGCCAGCAUAAAAACAUUACCCUUAUUGUACAUCUCCAUCAGAGCUCUUAGGUAAGCAGGUACAUUGUUAAUAAGGAGUAAUUUUUUGAAAGAAAAAAAUUUUUGAACAAUUAAGUCUCAGUGGGCUUAAAAUAUUGACUAAACCAUCUUGUAAACACAUGCUGUCAUCCAGGCUUUGCUCUUCCUCUCAGAGAGCACAGUUGAUUUAGUAUAAUUCUAAAGGACUCUAGGAUUUUUGGAAUAGCAAAUGAGUAUAUGCUUCAACUUAAAAUCACCAGCUGUAUUUUCUCUCCUACCAAAAGAGUUGUCCUGUCUUGAAGCUUUGAAGCCAGGCAUUGAUUUCUCCCAUCUAAAAUCCUAGAUAGCCUCACCUUCCAAUGUAAGAAUGUUUCAUCUACUCUGGAAAGCAGUUGUUUAUUGUAGACAGCUUAAUCAAGUAGUUUACUAGAAGUUCUAAAUGACUUGCUUCUACAUCAGCACUUGCUAUUUCACUUUGCAAUUUUAUUUUAUGAAGAUGGCUCAUUUCCUUAAACCUCAUGAACCAACUUCUGUCAGUUUCAAAUUUUCUUCUGCACCUUUCUCAUCUCUCUUAUCCUUAACAAAAUCGUAAAGAGAAUUAGGGCCUUCAUCCGGAUUAGGUUUUGGCUUAAGGGAAUGUUAUGGCUGGUUUGAUCUUCUAUCCAGACCACUACAACUUUCUCCACAUCCGCAAUAAGAUAAAAAACCAUUUGGCUAAAUCAAAGUAGAAGUAGAUAGAAUUCAGGAAAUUAAUCAGAAACUGGGGGCUGAAUUUGAGGGACGAAGAAGUCAAAACGUGACGUCCCAGUGACAGAAAUGCAUGUCAGGAAAGGGAGCUAGGUUUGAAGUGUAACUCGAAGCAGUGAUAAUAAAUAAAACCUGCAUUUCUAAUAUGACCAGAAGGGAUGCAAUCCUUUAGACUUUCCAGAACACUCUAAAUCACCUGAAAUCGUGUUUCUUUCUAAAUGCUUGCCUGCACACCCGUCUGUACAGAGACGCGAAGGGAAGGAGGAGACUUUAGAAGAAAAAGAAGCGGCAGGCAUGGGGCCAGAGCGAUCACCUGCAACUGCAGUACCUUCCCCAGUCUUGGGAGUGAAGGCAAAAAAAGAAAAUGGUCACAAGCUCCUGUCAAAUAACUCCUGGUUCCUUGUUCAUGGUAUCCAUCGAGGUGCUGCUGGCACCAGCGGUGGAAAUACGACCCAGCCUGGGUAAAGGUCGCCAGCUGACCGGAUGGUAGACCUUUAAGUGUGUCAAAGUUAGGGCGACUCCCUCUGGACGGAGAUCGAACGAUCCCCUCAAAGAUAUUACAACCUUGCUCUGGAGAAUUGAUACCUUAAGCUGUUUAAUUUCCUCAAGCCAAAAGUCUCCGCUCCACCCUCCACGCCAGCACACGCAGGCGCGCAGAGGCUGGGAGUGACGUCAGCCCCUCCCGGCACCGCCUCGAAGUCAAACAUCCAAGGCCUGUCGUAAGAGCCGGGCAGGAGAGGCCUGGAGAAAAAGGGCAUCCACGCGACACAU